UUCGAAAAGUCGCUCUAUGACCUGAUUAAAGGUCUUCGAAAUCAUAAAGGUGGUGAAGAUGAGUACGUCCAGAGCUGUUUGCGUGAAUGCAAGGCAGAGAUCAAGUCGCAGGAUACCGACAAGAAGGCAACGGCACUUUUGAAACUCAUUUAUCUCGAGAUGUUUGGGUAUGAUAUGUCUUGGGCAUCCUUCCACGUCCUGGAGGUCAUGUCAUCCGCAAAGUACCUCCAGAAGCGCGUAGGAUACCUCGGUGCUGUUCAAAGCUUCCGACCGGAUACUGAGGUUCUCAUGCUAGCAACAAAUAUGCUGAAGAAGGACAUUGUGUCCCCCAAUAUCCCCUCCUUGUCUCUCCCAUUGGCUACCCUGCCACAUAUAGUCACACAUUCGCUUGCUAUGUCUCUGCUGCCGGAUAUACUCUCUCGACUCUCUCACUCAAGCGCGGUCGUGCGGAAGAAAACCAUCGUGUGCCUCUACCGACUGGCUCUAGUAUACCCCGAGGCAUUGAAGUUGGCAUGGCCAAAGAUUAAGGAUCAUCUCAUGGAUGAACAGGAAGAUAGCAGUGUUACUACAGCGGCGAUCAAUGUCGUCUGUGAACUUGGAUGGAGGCGACCCCAUGAUUUUCUGCCCAUGGCCCCAAGAUUCUUCGAGUUGCUGGUGGACAGUGGUAAUAAUUGGAUGGCUAUAAAAAUCAUCAAGUUGUUUGCAACAUUAACUCCACUAGAGCCGCGGCUGACUCGCAAGCUCCUUCGUCCAUUGACAACCAUUAUUCAAACUACAACAGCAAUGUCACUACUUUAUGAAUGCAUAAAUGGCAUUAUCCAAGGUGGCAUCUUGGAUAGCGAGGAAAAUUCACAAGAGAGGGAUGAAGUGGCGGCUCUUUGUGUUGGGAAGCUACGAGGAAUGAUUGUCAUGGACUCCGAUCCUAACUUGAAAUAUGUGGCUCUCCUUGCAUUAAACCGCAUUGUUACAACACAUGCUUUUCUAGUUUCUAUGCAACAGGAUGUCAUUAUGGAUUGUCUAGAUGAUCCAGAUGUUUCCAUUCGGCUUCAGGCUCUAGAACUAGCAGCUGGAAUGGUAACCAGUGAUACUCUCCAGAUGGUUGUGAACCGUCUCAUCAAUCAACUUCAAUUGGCCUCGUCGCGAGAUAUUCCGGAUCUCGAAGCAACACCGUCAGACAACGGAGAGGAAUACGAGAACUUGAAAAGCUCGGAACAUGCCACUGAUGCUCUCAACAUGCCCAACGACUAUCGAUCCGAGGUCAUCCACCGUAUUCUAGAUAUGUGUGCUCAGAACAAUUAUUCUGAACUCGUUGAUUUUGAGUGGUAUGUUCACAUUCUAAUUCAGCUGGUCAAGCUUCUCCCGCCAUCAGAUACAGAUGAGAAUUGGUCCGAAUCAGCUAUUGGAGAAGGUCCGAAUGGACCGAAGACUACUGUCGCAUUCCGUAUCGGGUCAGAAAUCCGGAAUGUUGCUGUGCGUGUGAAGGGGGUACGCCCAGAGGCUACCCGAGCAGCGGAGUCACUUUUACUCAUUGACAAUAAGUCAACGCUCUUCCCUGCAUCGUCGAAUGCUGGGGUUGAUGUUUUGGGUCCUGUAGCAUGGGUCUCGGGAGAAUUUGCAGAAUAUCUACAGUCCCCAAGUCGAACUCUCCAGUCUCUGAUCGACCCGUCCACGGUCUCCCUUCCUCCAAGCACACUUCAGCUGUUUUUGCAGGCUAUCCCUAAGGUCCUCAUUCGCGUGAAUCGGUCUCACAGAACUCAGGAGACAUGGAGGAACGAGAUGUCUUUUCUCUUGAUGCGGGUGGUAUCUUUCCUGGAUACCCUAGCCGCCCACCCGGACUUGGAUGUACAAGAACGAGCCAUCGAAUUUUUGGAAAUUCUUCGCUUAGGCGCUGAAUCCCUGAAAUCCGAAUCCGAAGGAGUGCCGUUCCUGUUGGCUUCUGUCAUUCCAAAUUUAUUCACCGGGUUGGACCUCAAUCCAGUCGCAGUUAGUGCUCAGAAAAGGGUCGUGCUGCCUGCAGAGCUCCGCUUAGAUGAACCUUUUCAUGAUAAUCUUCCAGGUCUCUUCCAGGAAAUGGACAGCUACCUGGUCGAUACAACCAAACAUCAUGCUAUUCAGCAGUUCUACUACGAUGCAGAUCUCGUCCCGCCUUCCCACAAGUUACCCCCUGCACACACACUGCUAGCACCAGCUGGAUUGCAACCGGAUUCCUAUCAAAACAGCUAUGGUGGUGCAGCCGAUCCCCCCAAUGCCUCAGAUAAGAGGAAAGUGGAUCGGAGAGAGCGUUAUCGGGAUGACCCGUUCUAUAUCGCCUCUAUGGAUGCCUACUCGGGGGUAUCUACACCACAUCGUGAUGUUCGUUCCUCCAGUGGCGAUUCAUUGGACAUUGAUUCAAUCCCUAUUGUCGAUUUAAAGCUGGGAGGCGAGUCUUUCGAAAGAACAAGUGUCAAUAUUCAGAGCCACCACCGCACACAGGCUACUGCACGCAUGGAGGUUGCAGCAGAUGAAACACUUGGGCCUGAAGGACCGUCUUUAUCUGGAUCUGCUGGAACACCAGGCUUCAAACGAUCACUUCUACAGGUGGAUUCUAGUGGACUUGGGGAUUUUUUGUUAGAGUCGACAGAGGGUGAAUCGAAUUCUAUCUUAACUAGGGAUGGAGGGGAUGCGGAAAUGACCAAAGCCAUGCAAAGUAUGGAACAGGUGCGUCUACGUAUGCAACGGGCCUCCGAGCGAAUUCAACCCGAGGGAAUUCCUGUCGAGGGGACUCUUGUGAAGAAGAAGAAGAAAGCUAAAAAGGCCCCCGAUGCUACUCAAUCUGGAGAAAAUGUGGAAAAGAAGAAGAAGAAGAAGAGGGAUCCGGAGUCGAAAAUAGACGUAUUGAAAUAA